AUGCGGUCUUCACUCACUUGGGCGCUUGCCCUCGUCGGAACGGCUACCGCAGCCAACUUACACGCGGCUCAGAAGGCCAACGCCAAUGCCAAUGACAAACCUACACCGACAUCGGCACCAAACAACGCCUGUAGCCUUGCAAAGGCUGCCGCCGAGUCCAACUUGGCAGCAAAUCCCAGUGCAACGGCCGCCUUCAUCACACCUUCCCUGGCUUACAAUUGCUUAUACUCAGUUCCCGUCGACAAGGAAAGGGACUUGGACCUUCUCAACUACUUGGAGCCAUACCUGCAAUUCCAGAGCACGCUAGAGAUUCUCGCCAACCCCCCAGAAGGAUACUUGAUUCCUGGCGUUGAUGUUAUCGCUGGCAUUGGUCAGAUCCGAGCGAAGCUUUCCAAGAACCAGUACAAGAGUCAGCUGGACUUUGCCCUGGAACUCAAGCAAAUCUUCUACCAAGCUGCCGACGGUCACUUUGCCUACAACCCGGCGAUCUUGAGCGUUUUCGGCUUUGGAAGCCAUGAAGGUCUCGUCUCAGUUGCCGACAAGGUUACUGGUCUUCCCACAGUUUACCUCGAAAGCGGUUUCCAGAAGUCCAUCGUCAACGACACCGACGUCUACGAUAUCGAGAGCAUCGAUGGCAUUGAAAUCUGCGAGUUCAUCGAGUCUCACGCUGCCCGACUCCAGACCCAGGACCCCGAUGCCAAGUACAAUAUGAUGUUUCCCAAUCCGGCCACCAUUGCCAAGGGUGGACAUGGUGCCUUCACGGGCAGACUUGCUGGCAGUACACCGGACCAGGAGGUCAUCAAGUUUACCAACGGUUCGACAUACGUCAACAAGCUGUAUGCUACAGUUCACAAGUCUUCUGUUCCGUUUCUCAACUCAGCAGAGGAGCUUCACAACGAAUUCGAAGUUCCCAGCCCCCCAACUUCAACCACAGCUCGUUCUAGCCCUGCUACCACCGUCCCAGUCGUCCCAGUCACGCCUGUCACCCCGGUGCCCAGCCCAACUUCACUCAUCGGUUACCCCGAGCCAGUCGCUUUCCACGAGCACUCUUGGAUCUCCGGUUACUUCCUCGACGGCGAAGGCUACAAGGACACCGCCGUUCUCGCUGUCCUGGCCUUCUCGCCCUGGAUGAUCGAUGCCCCCAACGGUACUUUCGAGAUCAUUGAGGCGCAGCGCACAGUCGCCGAGUUCUUACAGAAGUCCAAGAAAGCUGGCAAGAAGAAGCUCAUCAUCGACGUCCAAACGAACGGUGGUGGCCUCAUCGUGGCCGGUUUCCAGCUUUACAGCCAGCUGUUCCCCAAGGCCACCGACAUCUGGGACGGAAACCGCAUUCGCGCCAACGAGGCUCUCAAGGUAAUCGGAGGGGUCGCGGAGGAAACCUCGCCUAAAUACUACAAGGAUUUCAUCGGUUCCACCUUCGAUGAGGAGCGCAAGCCUUUCAAGGAUUUUGCUGCCCUCUUCGGUCCCGAAUACGUCGGAUCCCAGAACGUCACCAACCUCUUGCGCUACGACCCGGAAUACCUGGGCUUGGACACGAGCGAUGAGGAGCAAGUGUUUGACGCAGAGGACAUUGUUAUUCUCACCGAUGGUAGCUGCGCAUCUACCUGCACCAUCUUCACCGGACUCAUGGUCAGAGAGCAAGGUGUUCGCACCAUCGCUCUUGGUGGUCGCCCCAUGGAAGCAGCUAUGCAGGCAAUUGGAGGCGUCGAAGGCUCUCAAGUCUUCAAGUACCAGGAUGUGAGGCAGUUCGUCAGACAGACCAGCAUGGACGCGGCCAAGACCAACAACACCGAAGCUGUCAAGGCUAUCAAAGAUGCUUGGGAUGUUAUUCCCGACCUGGGCGAACCGCCUCUUCUUCCCACGCUCAUCCGGUCGGGCAGCAUCAACUACCGCAACGCCUACCCGCGAAAGGAUGUGAACGGAUACCCGGCCCAUUUCACAUAUGAAGCGGCCAACUGCCGUCUCUUCUACACGGAGAAGAUGAUCGUCGAUCCGGUUGCUGUAUGGACUGCCGGCUACGACGCCGCGUGGAAGAAGGGCAAGUGCGUUGCCAGGUCGACCGCCAACACCGACAGCACCAUUGGCGACAAGACCGUUCCCUACAGUGCUGGUGUCAAGAGCAGGGUUGCCGCCUACACCGGCCCCGGUGCUUUGACUUACAAGGGAGCCUACGAGCCAUGCAAGCCCUUCUACCAGAAGAAGGGCAACCAGAAGAGAGAGGUCGAGGACGCUGACUUGCUUCCCCCUGAUGACUUUGUCUACGAGUUCAGGCACAAGAUUGGCGGCCAGGAUCUCAACCUCGACGAGUAUAUCAAGGAGAACGUUCCUGAGGGCUGGGAGUAUGAGGAGAGGCACAAGAUUGGGGAGAUUGCGCAAGCUGUCGACUUUUGA